CUUUGACUGGAGGAGAUGGUAGAAACCUGCAGGAAAUAGGAUGAUGCCGUGUAAACAAGAUCUCAUUUAUUCCAUGUUUGUUUCCGACGCAUGCAUCCACACCGUUCAAACUCGCUUCGGCAUUUCGUCUCCGGUUUCCUUUGCGACUAAGCAAAACAUCUUUAAGCCGCCGCGAUCGAUCAACCAUUCGUUGUGAUCGGGACCAAUUUGCUUUUUCACGCUCCUUUUCCUGGAACGCCCGCCCCCUGCUCUUCUCGUCCCCCGAGCAGAGCCACCAACUCCGGCGGCCCGGCCUCAGGUUCUUCUCGCCGUCGCUGCUCUGCUGCCACUGGGACCAGACCGAUGGAGUUCUCCCGCCGCGGCCGAGCCACCGACGACGGCCAACGCCCUCCGCCGCACGGAGACCCGAUGCUGGUGAUGAGGGACGCGCUGCUGUCGCAGCUCCAGAAGGACCGCCUUCGCCAGGAGAUCAUCGUGGCCGAGCUGGCCAAGAUAGAGCGUGCCAUGGCCCUGCGCGCCGCCACUGGCGGCCAGCAGGCCACGCCGACACCAGCCGGCGAAUGCUUGACGACAUGUGAGGGUAAGGCGGCUCGACAAAAUGCAGCGUCCGAUGAGCAGAGGCUGCCGGACUCCAGUGGGGCUGUUCCAGAGACUAAGACGUCGGUCGCGGAGAAGUGGGAACUAACAGGAAUAACCAUACCAGUUAAGAAGCCCAAAACACCCAUGAGAUGGAAUUGCACCGUCUGUGAGGUGCAAGCAACCAGUGAGCAGAACUUGCAGCAGCAUUAUGCUGGGCAGAAGCACUUGUUAAAUGUAGCAACACUGGACCAAAGAGCUACGGCAAGUGGUCAGAAGGCGACAACGGCAGCAGAACCUUCCCUUGGUACAGAGCACAAGAAAACCUCCUCAAUAAAAUGGAGUUGCAAUACCUGCCAGGCAACUGGCUCGGGCCAAUCGGGGUUGGAAGCGCACCUCAAAGGCAAAAGACACCAGCAGAACAUCUCAGCCACAUCCACGCCGAAGAACGUCGCGGCGGGGGAAGCAAAAUCGCAUGCCAUCAAUGUGCCAAAGCGUUCAGAGAAGCCACCAUCACCCUGGAGUUGUAGCAUUUGCCAAGCUAUAUGUACCAGCGAAUCGGACUUGAACAGCCACCUGAGGGGCAUAAGACACCACGCAAAGGUUCAGUCCUUGCUUGAAGGCAAGAACAUGGCAAGGAAAGAAAAACUGAAUCCAGAUUCAAGAUGGGCCUGCAGAAUUUGCCAAGCUCACUGUACUUGUGAACCAGACUUGGAAAACCAUCUUGCAGGCAAGAGACACCAACUAAACAUUCAGGUUUUAAGCGCGAAAACCAAGCAAGAGAAAAACAAUGCACCACGAGUGGCCAUGAGCCAAGAACCACCCUCGGAAUGGCAUUGCACAAUGUGCGAGGCCGAAUGUAACUCUAAAUCUCAAUUUGAGGAUCAUUGCAGAAGCAGCAGGCACCAACAGAAUAUAGAGGAGGUACUCGGAAAAGGCAAGACCGUGAAAGCGAGCAGUCGUAAGGCUGCAAAUGAACUACUUUCAGAUUGCUCUAACAGGAAGAAUGCGAACUCAGAAAAGUUGGAGAAACGGCAGAUAGUAUAUUUCUGUGAGCAGUGCAAUUUGCAGUGUAAUAGUGGUAAAAUGCUGGCACAUCAUCAUGCUGGGAAGAAGCACCGGGAAAAGCUCGACGAAAAGAAAAAAAAAUGUCGAUCUGGGCAUCUAUGGCAGUUGUAGAGGACGAGAGGUUGCAAAGCCCGGACAACAUAAUAGUGAUACCAGCCUAUAGAUGACAGUAUGACACCGUGAGGAAGUGAUCCCAAUGCAUUUGGUUGAGGGGAGUUGCCAUACAAUCCCACCAUCUGGGUUAAGUCCUCAUGGAUUUGAGUUCCUACUUAUACUCUGGUAGCCACCCUUACAAAUUUUCUUUGAAAAAAUGACACCCUGAUACAAGCCUCAAAAGAUAGUGUAAAUAAUCAUAAUUUUUUUUUUGCGUC